CGGGCACAUGUAUAAACACGUACUUAAGCAUGAAGGCUUGUGGUCAUGCAUAUGCCUGUGUGUACAUUCAUGUGUGUUCCGUUUCUGUACGUAUAAUUGUGGUUCUGCCACAUACACACACACACACUCACACUCUUUCUCACCUGGGCGUGCACGUCUGCCCCUGUUUCUGCCAUGGCUUAGCCAGACUCUGGAUUUGCCCUCUCCCCAUUCCAGAAUUUGGGCCCUUCAGGCACAAAUGCUUUGGGGUGAAUGUGGGUGGGGGGCGCUGCUGCUGGGGAUGGCCUCGCAGCCAGUCUGUGACACCCCUUCCCCCCACCCAUCCCAGUCCUUCGGCCGCAUCAAGAAGUGGCUGGAGCACGCCCGCUCCUCACCCAGCCUCGCCAUCCUGGCUGGGGGCAAGUGUGACGACUCUGUGGGUUACUUUGUGGAGCCCUGCAUCGUCGAGAGCAAGGACCCUCAGGAGCCCAUCAUGAAGGAGGAGAUCUUCGGGCCCGUCCUGACCGUGUACGUCUACCCGGACAACGAGUACAAGGAGACACUGCGGCUGGUCGACAGCACCACCAGCUACGGCCUCACAGGGGCAGUGUUCGCCCAGGAUAAGACUGUUGUCCAGGAGGCCACAACGAUGCUGAGGAACACGGCCGGCAACUUUUACAUCAACGACAAGUCCACUGGCUCCGUGGUCGGCCAGCAGCCCUUUGGGGGGGCCCGAGCCUCUGGAACCAAUGACAAGCCAGGAGGGCCCCACUAUGUCCUGCGGUGGACGUCGCCCCAGGUCAUCAAGGAGACCCACGAGCCUCUGGGGGAUUGGCGCUAUGCCUACAUGCAGUGAGCCCCGCUCGGCAUCUCUGCUGUCUGUCCACCUGUCUGUCUGGACGGUUGACCUCAGUGCACUGGCCCCGCUCCAGCCCCUUUGACCUGCUCCCCGUGGGACGGCCCCCUCUCCGGGGCCGAGACUGCCCCCUUGCCCUGCGCUGGGCUAUAUCCUGGCCUGUCCCCCUCUCAGGGGCAGGUGCGGGCUCUGAUUGGAGACCAUGCUGGAGAGGAACAGGGCUGCCACCCCUUAUCUCACGGCUGUCCUAGAGGUUCUUUCUGGCAUGUUCUCUCCCUGUCUUCUUUCUCUGCACUGUGGCCCAGUGGCUCAGGGACCUGGGGAAUGGCAGUAGAGUGCCUCCCAGGGUCCCUUCGGGACAAGGAAGCAGCUCUGGGCCCCUUGGCAAACCUGAGCAUCCAGGGACUCCUGGCCUUGGCCUUGGCUCCCCCAGGACUCCAGGAUUAGGUGUGACCCAGGGUGGCUGCAGGGCACGGGGGCACCAGCGGGCCUGGCCCCCUUUGGUCUGGGCUCUUCCUCACCAGGGCUCGGCCCACGCCCAGCUGGGCCAGCGGGUACCUGUGCCUGACCAUAUGCCUUAGACACCCGUGUGCCUUUCUCCAGGGCACCUCUGUUCUCCUGAGGCCCGCGUCAUUCCUGGCAGUCUCCGUGUGGUGGGCUUGGGGGCAGGCUACCUGCUGAGGUACAGGAUUGGUGGUCCUUCCCGUUUGGGCUGUGGUUUUAGAAGACCCUCGGUGGGCCUUCGUGCCAUCUCAGCUUGCCAUCGGCUCUCGGCUCUUCCUUUAGAGACGGCCGCGCUCCCCACCUGUGUUGGCCCAGGGUUUCCCGCAGGAGCUCGGCCCCCACUGGCUGUGGUAGAACAGGGCGGGGGAGACUGUCUCCCAGCCCCGACACCUGGCCUUGGGUUCCCAUCCAGCCUGGGCCGAGGAUGGCCCAUAAAACCUUCCCUCCUUUGCCCAGAGGGGGGUUCUGUGUGUGGACUGGCCCCUAGGCGGCCCGUUCUGCGACGCAGCCAGCUGGUGGACACACAGAAAAAACGUGCCAAUUGGAUUGCAGGGGGUUGGGGAUUGAUAAGGGGUGACUUCGGGGGACAGUUUUUAAGGGGCCCUAAGAGUGCUGGCCCUUCCUCAAGGACAGCCGGCAUGGGUCCCCUGUGGGGCUGGCCGCCGAGCACCAUGGUUAUACACUGUGGCCCGAGGUCCGGUGGUCACACCGCUGGGGCGGGGCGUGGGAUCUGCUUCCUUCCACGUUCCUCAUCGCUGCCUGGCGCGGCCAGUCAGCUGGGGAGAGGUGCCGGAGGUGGCCCUGGUUCUACUGAUUCCACACAGGGAGGUGGCGGUGGGAUUCGCUCUGCUGCACCCUAAUAAAUGCUUGUUAUGUAAUCAAA